AUGUCUCGAGAGACUGGAAGUGAAGCACAGCAGUCUCAAGGUGCCCAACAGUCACAGAGUGGUACCAGUUCUUCCAGUGGGUCACAGAGUACUAGUCAGUCCUCCUCGAGUUCUGGGACCCUCAGUUCUUUGGAUACUGUUCCCACCCAGGAGCUUCCGUCAAUCCCCGAGGACCAGGAAUCUGAAGAGCUGGUUCCUCAGCCAUGGGGUCGACUCUUUGCACUGGGAAAAGGGUUCAGCAACUGUGACUGUGUGAAUGAGGAAUACUGGUUUGGGAGAGACAAAAGCUGUGAUUACAGUUUUUCUAAGCUGGGGUUAUCUGAGACUGGUUUCUACCAAAACUACAGCAAGAAGCACUUCCGAAUUUUCAGGGAAAUGGGUCCAAAAAAUUCCUAUGUUGCCUACAUUGAAGACCAUAGUGCAAAUGGAACGUUUGUUAACAGAGAGCUGGUUGGAAAAGGGAAGAGGCUUCCACUGACUCACAACUCUGAAAUUGCUCUGUCUGUACAGACCAAUAAGGUGUUUGUGUUUUCUGAUCUUACGGUGGAUGACCAGAUGAUGUUUCCUAGGGAAUUAAGAGAGAAAUAUAUCAUAUCAAAGACUUUGGGAAGCGGUGCCUGCGGGGAAGUCAAACUGGCCUUUGAGAGGAGCACCUGUAACAAAGUUGCAGUGAAGAUCAUCAAUAAACGCAAGUUUGUGGCAAGUGGCCUGGGAGAGGCAAACCCAGCUUUUAAUAUCAAUACAGAAAUCGAAAUUCUGAAGAAAAUAGAUCAUCCUUGCUUAAUCAAGAUCAAAAACUUCUUUGAAGCAGAGGAUUACUACAUCGUUUUGGAACUGAUGGAAGGAGGAGAAUUGUAUGACAGAGUGUCAAGGCCAGUCAAGAUGAAAGAAGCUACCUGCAAGUUGUAUUUUUAUCAGAUGCUGCUGGCAGUAAAGUAUCUUCAUGACAACGGAAUUAUACAUCGAGAUCUAAAGCCAGAGAAUGUGCUGCUUUCAUCUUCUGAAGAAUCAUGUCUUAUAAAGAUUACAGAUUUUGGACAAUCCAAGAUUCUUGGAGAAGCUUCUCUUAUGAAAACAUUAUGUGGUACUCCCACUUAUCUUGCUCCUGAGGUUCUAAAUUCACUUGGGACUGCUGGAUACAGCCGAGCUGUGGACUGCUGGAGUUUAGGAGUUAUUCUUUUUGUAUGCUUGUGUGGUUAUCCACCUUUCAAUGAGCAAAAUACUCAGCUGUCUCUGAAGGAUCAAAUCACUCGUGGGCAGUACACGUUCAUUGCCAAGGAAUGGAAACAUGUGUCAGACACAGCUCUGGAUCUUGUGAAGAAGCUGUUAGCAGUGGACCCAAGGAAACGUCUUACCACAGAGGAAGCCUUAGAGCAUCCUUGGCUUCAGGAUGAGGACAUGAAGAGAACAUUUGAACAGCUCCUUGCUCAGACCUGUGCCAGUAUGAAUCCACCACAAACAUCAGUAGUGCCAACCACAACAAGAAAACGACCCCACGACAGUGAGGAAGAAUCUGGCUCUGCUAAACGUGCUGUUCCUUCUACAUCAUUUCAGAAAAUGGGGUGA